AGGCUACACUUUUAAAAGUUGCCUCCAAGGCAACUGGAGGAUUGGGAGCCUCAAAGUUGCCCCCAAUCCUGCAACUGGCACUGUGCAGGCACCUACUCAUGCAGUGCCAAUCGCAGGACUGGGGCCUAUUCUGCGUGUCCCAGUUUUAGGAUAAUCAACUUUACACACCCCAGGGCUUCAUUUUCAGCAGUGCUAAGCACAUGCAGUUCCUAUGGGCUCACAUUUGUGUUACAUAUUUUCAGUGCCUGUAAAAAGCAGGCCUGGACCUCUUGGGUACCAAUAACAGAGGUAUCCAAAAUCUGAGGCUGUGUUUGAGUAAAUGCUCCAUAGGGUCUGAUUCCCCCAGGAUACCUCCAGCUCCACAAAAACAACAAGGAGUCUGGUGGCACCUUAAAGACUAACAGAUGUAUUUGGGCAUAACCUUCGGUGGGUAAAAACCCACUUCUUUGAUGCUUCAGUAUUCCCAGGCACCAAGGACGGGGACAGUAGGGAGCAGGCAAUAGUUGAGAGCCCGUCCAGACGUGGCCCUCGCGCCUACUCCCUCCCGAGCCUUUUGCAAAACUACUGGCUCCCUUUGCCUCAGUUUCUCCAUCUGUUAAAUAGGGGGGAGGGGAAAUAACGGCCCCGCUCUUUGGCAGAGGUCCAAGAGCCGCCAGGCUCCCAGCUCCAGCGCCGCUAACUGGGCCGACGGGGCCUGGCGAGCGGCACGUGGUCCCCAGGAGGGCGGGGCUCACUGUCAGUCAGUGACGAGCAGGCCCCGAGUCUCCCUGCCCCGGGCGUUAUUUACACGCCCAGCUCCGGGCAGGGCCGCGCCCCGCCCCGCCGGUGUCAUGCGGGGAGCCUGGCUUCCCCCACAACCCGCCCCCCAGCGCGCUUCCAGCCGAAGCCUGGACUCCCGCUCCCGGUGUCGCCCCCUCUUGUCAGCUGCCUGUGACCCCUGGCGCCGCUGCGGGGGGGCGUGGCCAGCAGCGAGAGCAGGAGGAUUGGCCCGCCCCCCUUCCCGUAGCUGGAGUCGAGGCGGAAGUGCGGGUCCCAGCUGAGACUCGGCCGCGUGCCCGGUUCAGGGAAGGGUCACGUAGCGGGAGUGUUCAGCAUGAAGCGGCUGUUGGGGGGCGGCGCGUGCCCCUCCCGCUGCUGCCCUCUUCUCCUUCUCGCGCUCCUGCGGCUGGGCUCGAGCAGCGGCGCGUGCCCCUGCGGCGACCCCGCGCUCUGUCGCCCGAUCGCUGGCACCCAGGAGUUCGAGGUCUUUGUGUUUGAUGUUGGAAGAAAAACGUGGAAGUUCUAUGAUUGGUCACAGAUUACAACUGUGGCAGCUUUUGGAAAGUAUGACCCUGAACUAUUGUGUUAUGCUCAUUCUAAAGGAGCCAGGGUAGUACUAAAAGGAGAUGUACCUGUGAAGGAAAUUAUUGACUCUGCUAACAGAACAGCCUGGAUAGCACGACAGGUGGACCUGGCCAAAAAGCAGUAUAUGGAUGGAAUUAAUAUAGACAUAGAGCAAGAAGUUAUUGCGAUGUCACCUGAAUACUAUGCAUUAACAGCUCUGGUUAAAGAAACUACUGAUGCUUUUCAUAGAGAAAUUCCAGGAUCACAGGUCACCUUUGAUGUGGCUUGGUCUCCAGCAUGCAUAGACAAAAGAUGCUACAACUACAGUGGGAUUGCAGAUGCCUGUGAUUUCUUGUUCGUGAUGUCUUAUGAUGAGCAGAGUCAGAUCUGGACAGAAUGUAUUGCAAGAGCCAAUGCUCCCUACAAUCAGACCUUAGAUGGAUAUGAUGACUACAUUAGUAUGAGCAUUGAGCCUAAGAAGCUUGUGAUGGGCGUUCCCUGGUACGGCUAUGAUUAUAGAUGUCUGGAUUUGUCCAAGGAUCACGUCUGUUCCCUCCCAAAUAUUUCUUUCCGAGGGGCUCCAUGCAGUGAUGCUGCAGGGCGUCAGGUCCCCUAUGGAACAAUAAUGAAGCAGGUGAAUAGUUCUAUUUCUGGGAGCCUGUGGGAUGAGGAGCAGAAGGCUCCAUAUUAUGAAUAUAAGGACUCUCUUGGUCAUUUUCAUCAAGUAUGGUACGAUAAUCCACAGAGCAUUUCCCUGAAGGCAACGUAUGCAAAGAAACGUGGUUUAAGGGGUAUUGGCAUGUGGAAUGGAAACUGUCUUGACUACUCCAGAAGUUCUGUAGCAGAGCAGCAGACUGAAGCAAUGUGGCGAGCCUUGAGACCAUAGCAACUAUACAGGAUAGUGAACCCUACCUACCUCUGGAUUUAGAAUGUAGAAAAUGAAUUGGUAGUUAUGGCUAAUAUUCUGUAUUAUGCCUUCUUGCAAGCAUGCACUGGUUACAAGCAAAACUUCAUCUUGUCAGUCUCUGCUUAAGGCAGUAUUUUUAUACCUGAGAAAGUAUUUAACAUUGCAUUAACACUGUUUUAACAGGUUCUGGUUAUUCGCAUUUUCAUAACUGGCAUCAGACCUUGAACUCGACACUCAUAAUAUAUAUGAACAUCAUAUGUAUGUUGAAUCAUUUAAAAGAGAGCAUAUGAGAAUGAGGUGUUCUGCUCAACACAAAUGCUUUAUCAUAGUCAGUUACUGUUCUUUAUUCUGUAAACUUUAUAUCUAAAAAUAUACACUGACUAGUUGUGAAGGUUUUAGUUAUUUGUAGCAUUUAGCUUUGUUGCCAGUGAAAUUGAAGAAUUCAGUAUUCUUUUUAUGUUUACAUAACAUUGUGAGGGUGGUUUUUUUUUUUGUUUUGUUUUUGUUUUGUUUACAACUUCAAAAGCCAGAAAACCUCAGGCUUCAAAGAAAGCUUGCACCCAUUUUGCUCAAAGCUGCAUUCUAAAGUGUAUAUGAUAAGCACUUCUUAUGACCUGUCUAAACACAUUGAUUUCAUAAUUAACAUUUUUAAGUGUCUGCAUUUUUGAACUAGAUGAUUGUAGUCACCAUACUGCUGUAAUUUCUGAUGCUAGUGAAAAAAAUCUGUCUUUAGAUCAAUUUCAUGUAGAUCUUGCCGAGAGAAGAAUCCUGUAUCAGUAGAGAGAUGGAUUGGAUAAUCUAAUAGAUAAUUUUUCAUCUUGAAAUUCUGUGAUUCCUGACAACUAAGAGGAUAGAUUCCUUGAUCUAGAGUGGUGUUUUUCAAAUUUCUUUACACAAAACUCAGGCUGAAUAAAAGGACCCUAUGUUCAUUUCUAGUUGCUUAUAAAAUGUUAAAAUAUUCAGAAUGAGAAAAUCUCAGAUUCGUCAUAAUAUUUUCUGAUGAUAAUUCAUUGUGCCAGGGGAAUUUUGAAAGAAAUAUUAAAAUAUUUGCAAACAUUUA